CACACAGAGCUCCAGUCUUGCUCAGCAUUGGAGAAUCCACACUGGAGAGAAACCUUAUGAAUGGAAUCAGUGUGGAAAGGCUUUUUUUUUUACUUUUUUUUUUUUUGGAAAGGCUUUUAAAGUGAGCUCCAAUCUUGCUAAGCAUGAGAGAAUCCACACUGGAGAGAAACUGUAUGAAUGUCAUCAGUGUGGAAAGGCUUUCACAGAGAGAUCCAAUCUUGCUCUAUAUCAGAAUCUACACUGGAGAGAAACCUUAUGAAUGUUAUCAGUGUGGAAAGACUUUCACACGGAUCGCUGAUCUUGGUGCACAUCAGAGAAUCCACACUAGAGAGAAAUCUUAUGUAUGUAAUAAGUGUGGAAAGGCUUUCACAAUGAGAUCCAGUCUUGCUAAGCAUCAAAGAAUCCACACUGGAGUGAAACCUUAUGAAUGUAAUCAGUGUGGAAAUGCUUUCACAGAGACAUCCCAUCUUGUUGCACAUCAGAAAAUCCACACUGGAGAGAAACCUUAUGAAUGUUAUCAAUGUGGAAAGUCUUUCACAGAGGGUUCCAGUCUUGCUCAGCAUCAGAAAAUCCACACUGGAGAGAAGCCUUAUGAAUGUAAUCAGUGUAGAAAGGAUUUCAUACAGAGCUCCAGUCUUGCUCAGCAUCAGAGAAUCCACACUGGAGAGAAACCUUAUGAACGUCAUCAGUGUGGAAAGGAUUUCAAAGUGAGCUGCAGGCUUGCUAAGAAUGAGAGAAUCCAACACUGGAGAGCAACUUUAUGAAUGGAAUCAGUGUGGAAAGGCUUUCACACAGAUAUCCCAUCUUGCUGCACAUCAGAGAAUCCACACUGGAGAGAAACCGUAUAAAUGUAGUCAGUGUGCAAAGGCUUUCACCCGGAGCUCCAUUCUUGCUGCACAUCAGAAAAUCCACACU